AAGAUCCCCAACGUGGCUCCUGAUGUUUUCCAGCGUGUGGAGUUAUUAGCACACAAAGUUGAGUGAGUGUGGUUAAAUACAACAGUUAAAAUGGGAGAUUUUAAGGUGCACCGGGUUCGGUUCUUCGACUACAUGCCCAGUGCUAUCCGGGCCAUGGCUCUCAGCAGCCGCAGUGAGCGGCUGGCCCUGGCCCGGGCUGACGGAGCUUUAGAGAUCUUUAACUUUGCUGACAAUUACUUCCAAGAAAAGCUGAUCCCAGGACAGGACGGCAGGUCUAUUGAGGCUCUGUGCUGGGUGGGUGAGCGACUCUUCAGCGCUGGUUUGAACGGAGAGAUCACAGAGUACGACCUGGAGAACCUGAAACCCAAGUACACCAUGGAGGCUUACGGAGGACCAAUCUGGACUAUCAGUAGCAACAGCCAAGGAACACUGCUAGCGGCUGGGUGUGAGGAUGGCACGGUGAAGAUGUUUGAAAUACUGGAAGAGAAGAUUCAGUUUCAAAGGAACCUUGAGAGACAGAGAGGUCGUAUCAUAUCUCUGUCCUGGCAUCCCUCUGAUACACUGAUAGCUGCUGGCAUGAUGGACAUGAUCAGAAUCUUUGACGCUGAGACAGGUCACGCCACAAACAGACUGCUGGUAGAGAGAGGCUUCGGAGCAUCCAAGAGCAGAGAGGUGGUAGUGUGGAGCGUCGUCUUCCUAUCUGACCACACCAUCGUCAGCGGUGAUUCUGCAGGAAAGGUCCAGAUGUGGGACGGACUCACAGGAACGCUGAUCAGAACUCACCUGGUCACCAAAUGGGACGUGCUGGCUUUGGCCGUUUCACAGGACGGGAACAGUCUGGCAGCUGGGACAUCAGAGGGGACUGUGGUACAGUUCCAGUUCAUCUCCUCCACUGUGGGCCAGCAGGAUAAGGAAUGGGUCCGAACCAGGACCUUUAAAAAUCACUCACAUGAUGUCAGAGCGCUCGUCCACACUGAGACUGCUGUGGUUUCUGGAGGUAUGGACACCCAGCUGGUAGUACGACCUCUGCUGGACAAAGUGGAGAAGAACACUCAGGAGUCAGCCCUGCGCAAAAUAGCUUUCCCACAUAGAAGUCUGGUUUCCUGUGCAAAGAAAGCAGGACUGUUGCUCUUCCAGUUCCCUGAUCAUUUAGAGCUGUGGAGACUAGGAGAGAGUGAAGGACAUGGAAAGCCUGGUGACAGUCUGCCUGUAAAGAGGAAACCAGAAAAACUGAUUCAGCUCAAGAGGAAGGGAGAGGAUCACAUCUGCUGCAGCGCUUUGUCUCCAUGUGGAGGCUGGUUGGCUUACGCUACCGUCUGCAGCGUCCGUCUCUACAGGUUACAGCUGGACAACAACAACAUCAGCCUCACAAAGGUGUCCAAACUACCGAAGAUCCUUCACUCAGCCCACCAGCUUUGCUUCUCCUCUGACUCCUCCAAACUCUUUGCCUCCUCCAGUCAUUCUUCAGUCAUUGUUGUUGGCCUCAGCCAAUCAGAGUGCAAAUACCUCCACACCCUCAAACCCAAGUCAGGCUCCAGACAGCCAGUCCACUUGCUGCAUGCCAGUGAGGAUGGUAAAUGGUUGGCUACAGCCAACACAGACUGUGAGAUCCAUGUCUACAACCUUCACAAGCUAAAGCUUCACUGUACAGUUCCAGUGUACAGCUCCUGUCCCACCGCCAUAGCCAUCCACCCAACAACCAGCCACCUCGUCGUGGUGCACGCCGACCAGCAGAUCUUUGAGUUCUCCCUGGUACAGAAGGAAUACACAGAUUGGAGUCGGAAGCUGCAGAAACAAGGACUGCACCCUCUGUGGGUGGAGAGGGACACUCCCGUUACACACGUCACCUUCAAUCCUAAAAACCCAGCUCACAUUAUUCUGCAUGACAUGUUCAUGUUCUGCAUCCUGGACCAGAGUCUGCCCCUCCCUGAAGCAAAGACUCUGCUCUACAAUCAGAUGACACUCAGGAGUCUUCCUGAGCCGGAGAGGAUCAAACACAACCACGCCUUCAAGAUAUGCAAGAACUUCCAGCACCUGAUGUGUGUGAGAUUACUAGAGGACCAUUCUCUGGUCGUGGUGGAGCGCCCCCUACUGGAAAUCAUGUCUCAGCUGCCUGCUGCUGUCCGACAGAAGAAGUUUGCCACAUAAAUGAAUUAAAACCAGGUUUCAUGAACAUGUCUGAGCCCAGAGGAGACGAGUGUUACCUUGUGCUCCCACAUCCAAAAUCAUUUUCAAAAACUGUUAAUAUGUCACCUCUUUGUAAAGAAUGUUUUGAUACAUUAAUAAAUAGAA